AUGGCACCAUCAAAAAGUUCAUUCUUUCUUAGAGAAGUUGGUUAUCUACCUCUAGCUUAUAUUGGUGGAAUUAUUUGUUUUGUCAAUAUUCAUCAUACACGUUUUUUCGUGGGUUACCCGCUUACUCAAACAUUCAAGGAGCUUCCAGAGCUUCCAGCUUCUUCAAGCAUGCAUUGGUCUCAAAUAGCCGUUGGAAUGUGGAUGAAUGGAAAAUCCACAAUCGAGGGUUAUAAGAUCCUCUUCUUAGGUUGCAAUGGCAAGUACAUAAUUUUUGACCCCAUCAAGAAUAUAUGGUAUAAAUCAAAAGUUAUUCCAACGAGCAUAAGGUUGCCGUUGAUUAUGAACUUGCGCUCGCAGGCUAUCUCCGUGGAUGGUUUUCUUUACUUUAUGUCUUCAUAUCCAAACGGUAUGAUCUGCUACAAUAUGUUGUCUGGAAUUUGGAAUCAUUUCUUAGUCCCGAUUCUGCAUGCUAUAAUUUCUGGCCGAAUUCUAGUGGAAUGUGGGGGACGAAUCAUGUUCGUUUGUGUGAUGAUAAAAUCGCAUGUUUCUAUUUGCAUUUGGGAGUUUAAAUAA